AUGAACACCGCUAACGGGCACGGGCUGAUGCACCACCACCACGUCCAGGCGUCCAUGCCUCCGGCGCGGCUGCCACCGGCGCAGCACCAGAAGCAGCGGCCGCCGGGACUGCCGCCGACGCCGCCGCCCGCGCCCGCCUCCCACUCUCUGCACGCCUCCGACAUGUGCAUGGACGACAGCUCGGCGCCGGCGGGGCGCGCGCAUGCGCAGGCGCAGGGAGGAGGGCUGCCACCGCGCAAGGCACACCGCAGGUCCCGCAGCGACGUCGCCUACGGGUACUUCCAGCCGCUGCCGCCGCCGUCGCCCAAGAUGGAGGCCGGAGGAGGCUGGGGCCUUGCCGCCGCCGGCGACGACCUGUUCAAUGCGUACAUGAGCAUGGAGGGCAUGGACGGGCUGAACAACUCCGACGGGGAUAGCCGCGGGAGCAGCGGCAUGCGCACCAACGGAGCCGACAGCAGCGAGAACGAGUCCGAGGACUACGGCGGCGGCGCCGACAGCCAGUUCCUCCUUUGGGGCGGCGACGGUGGCAAGAAGAAGAGGAAUGCCUCCGGAGAGCCCGCCGCGGCGCCGCCGCCCAUGGCGAGGCACGCCAGGAGCCAUUCCAUGGACAGCAUCAUGGGGAAGCUGAGCUUCUCCGCCGCCAAUGGGGAACCCGGCAAGUUCAGCCUCGAGUUCGGUGGCGGCGAGUUUACCCCCUCCGAGAUGAAGCGGAUCAUGGCCGACGAGAAGCUCGCCGAGAUGGCCCUCGCCGACCCCAAGCGCGUCAAGAGGGUUCUCGCCAACAGGCAGUCGGCGGCGCGGUCCAAGGAGCGGCGGAUGCGGUACAUCGCGGAGCUCGAGCAGAAGGUGCAGAUCCUGCAGACGGAGGCCACCACGCUGUCCGCACAGCUCACUCUGCUACAGCGCGACUCGGCGGGGCUGGCCACGCAGAACAAUGAGCUCAAGUUCCGGCUGCAGGCAAUGGAGCAGCAGGCGCAGCUGCGCGACGCGCUGAACGAGGCUCUAACAGGCGAAGUCCAGCGCCUGAAACUCGGCGACACAGGCUCGUCCGGCAAUCUAUCCCAGCAAAUGCAGCUCCGUUGCCAGAACAACCAGAUGGCGGAACUGCACAAGCAGCAGCAACAGGGUGAGCAGAUACCGUUCUAUCAGCUGGAGCAGAACGGCACGCCGAGGAACCACGAGCCUAAGUGA